GGUUGACGGCGUCGUUUUGGUCGGGAGAACGAGUGUAUUUUUGAGAGAAAAACCCACACAAGAGAAGAAGAAAUCAAUCAUGGAGUGGAUGAAGAUGAUGAAUCCUGAAGAAGAGGAAGAAAUAUGGAACAAAGAAACGGUACCAAAAGUGAUGAAGAUAGUGUGUACAUGCAGCAAGCUUCCACAAAGGGACAUCGUUUCUCUGCUCUUAGUCAGCCCCUGGGUUUAUCGCUACCUCAUCUCUCACCCUUAUCUCUGGUUGGUUAGUAUUCAUUUGAUUUCCACUUCCUCAUUUGGAAGGUAUUUCAUGGAUGAUUUGUUUUAUUCCUGUUUGAUCGCCAUUUUCUUUUCUCUGGUCAUUGGAUGUACUGAUGCAUGAUGGUGUUUGAUUUCUUACUUUCUAUUUUUGGUGGUUUAGCUAGACCAUUGUCUUUUUAGUUACGGGCUUCGUGUGUUAUUAGGGACUUGAACUUCGUGAAAUUAACCGUGCUGGGGAUCGUCUUGUGGCAGCUCUUUCCCUGGAGAGAUAUCAUAAUGUGAAGUACAUCAACCUCGAAUUUGCCCAAGAUCUUGAAGAUAAGCAUUUUGAAAUUAUGAAGAAAAAGUGUGCAGAUUCCUUAAAGAGUCUAGAAUCAUUGAACCUUAAUAGCUGUCAGAAGAUUUCUGAUAAAGGAAUUGACUUAAUUACAAGUAUCUGUCCAAAACUUACAGCUUUCUCCCUGUAUUGGAAUGUCAGGGUUACAGAUACUGGAAUAAAGAGUUUGGUGAAGAAUUGUAGAUUUAUAACAGAUUUGAACUUGAGUGGGUGUAAGCAUAUUACAGACGAAAGUUUGUACUUAAUUGCCAACAAUUAUCUAGAUCUGGAAUCAUUAAAUAUUACCAGGUGUGUCAAGCUAACGGAUGGCGGUUUACAACAAAUACUACUUCAGUGCUCUUCUCUUCAAAGUUUGAAUCUUUAUGCCCUUUCCAGCUUUACAGAUGAAGCAUACAAAAAGAUUUCGAACUUGUCCCAUCUAAGAUUCUUUGACCUCUGUGGGGCCCAGAAUCUAUCAGAUGAGGGGCUUUGUUGUAUAGCCAACUGCAAAAAGCUAGUUUCCCUGAAUUUGACGUGGUGUGUACGUGUGACAGAUGUAGGAGUGAUUGCUAUUGCUGAAAACUGCACAUCCCUCGAACUUUUAAGUUUGUUUGGGAUAGUUGGGGUGACUGAUAAAUGCCUGGAGUGGCUGUCCAGAUUCUGCUCAAAUACACUUACAACCCUAGAUGUGAAUGGGUGCAUUGGCAUAAAGAGACGGUCACGGACAGAACUGCUGCAGUUGUUCCCAAAGCUGGAAUGCUUCAAAGUACAUAGCUAAGCUUAAAAUAUUGAUGGAGCUGUUACAACAGCAUCAUCAUGAUGCCGACGGGCUCUGGCGCUCUGCUCGUGGUGAUUGAUUGUUGAAGAAUGACGGCCCUAUCUAAAUCAUCACAAAGCAUUUGAACAGCAUAACUGAGGGACUUCUGGGGACUGAUAAUAUCAUGCCCCAAACAUGAAGAUCCAUUGUUGUUUUAGUGUAACUGUGUUGUAUUAAUCUUCCUGCAGAUUUUUUAAUUUCAUAUUGUUCUUGGGGAACAUGUUAGGGGUUUUACGUAAAGUAAGAAUUUUUGUAUUGUUGGGAACGCUAGGGGUCUCGGACAUGAAGGCUAGUUGAUUUUUGUACCUCAACCAAACCUUUUGAAGUAACUAUGCAUAUGUUAUCUUUCAAAUCUUUUUGGGGAGC